AUGCACAAAAAAUAUCCCCCUUUUUUCAAAAACAAAUUUUUAUUUUUAGACAUAAAUAUGACCGAUAUGUCGAAAAAUGUCGCUCAUAAUGUACACUCGAUCGCCGGCAUUUUUAUGUACAUCUUUAUAUUCUAA